AUGUUUUCUUCAUCAGUCACUCGCUCAUGUUUCGUACUCAACUGCUUAAUUUUGGGCUCUCAUGCCGCGCCAUUCGCUAACUACACUACACCCAACACCACUACAUCAUCAUAUCUAUCCUAUCCAACUCUUACAAACCCUAUUUUGGAUGCCUAUCCAACAGAUGAUCUGCUUCCUCCGAACGACAAGGAAGAAAGAUGGAUCAGUCCAGAGUACAGAUGGAUCUUUCAAUAUCCACUUCCCAUACCCCCAGUGAAGGAAUCGAAAUUCACGUACACCAACAACGUUACAGGCGCUAUCAUUGACUAUUACGAAGUCGAUGUCAAGGCCAUCAAAAAACAAAUCUACCCUGACCUCCCACCUGCCGAUAUGUUCUCGUAUGAUGGACACGUGCCAGGUCCCACUUUCAAGAUGCGCAAAGGCCGAGAGGCUGUUGUGCGGUUUAACAACGUCAGUCCAACAAACUCAUCUGUUCACGUGCAUGGCCAAUACAACCGUGCUCCUUUUGAUGGAUGGGCAGCAGACUAUGCGCUGCCUGGCCAGUACAAAGACUACUACUACCCAAAUGCACAAAAUGCACGAACAAUCUGGUACCAUGAUCACACCGAACACGAAACCGGCGAGAACGUGUAUUUCGGACUUAAUGGUUUCUAUCUCUUGAGCGAUGAUGAAGAGCAAGCGCUUGACCUGCCAGAUGGCGAACAUGAUGUUCCACUUGCUAUUUCUGCAAAGCAAUAUUCCACAAACGGAUCCCUGAUAUACAACACCAACAACCAUACCGGACUUUGGGGUGACGUGAUUGAAGUCAAUGGACAGCCUUGGCCAUAUCUGGAAGUAAAGCCAUGCAAAUACCGCUUCCGCGUGCUCGAUGGUGCUGUCAGUCGUGCAUUCGACAUUAACUUCAAGGAAGACGGAAGCAACCAAACAUUAAGCUUCAAUGUCAUUGGUUCGGAUGCAGGUCUCUUCCAGCACCCAGUGGAAACCAAUAGCCUUGCGCUGGCUGAAGGUGAACGUUAUGAGAUAAUCGUCGACUUUGCCAACUACGUGGGCAAGAACAUUACCAUGUACAACGAGCGUGGUAUGGCUGGAAACCUCGACUUUGCCGCAACUGAUCGCAUUAUGAAAUUUGUUGUCAGCGGCCCAGACGACUCCAUCGUCAACGAUCCUCUCCCGACUGAUAUGCAUUACAUUCCUCCGCCACCAGAGGCCAACAUCACAAAGAACUUUACCUUUUCCCGCAUUAAUGGUUCAUGGGUCAUCAACGGUGUUGGUUGGGUAGACAUUGAAAACCGCAUUUUGACCCGACCAAUCCUGGGCCAGGAUGAAAUCUGGGAGUUGAGGCAUGGAGGUGGAAAUGCUUCGCAUCCGGUCCACAUCCAUCUCGUUGAUUUCCAGAUUCUUUCCCGCACUGGAGGAAGGAACGCGGUGAUGCCAUACGAAUCAGCAGGAAUGAAGGAUGUUGUUUGGGUCGCUCCCGGCGAAGUGGUCAGAGUCGUGGCAAGAUACGCGCCAUGGAAGGGUGUCUACAUGUUCCACUGCCACAACCUCGUCCAUGAAGAUUACGACAUGAUGGUGGCAUUCAAUGUGACUCAACUCGAGAAAUGGGGAUACGACAAAGACACCAUUUUCAUUGACCCCAUGCAGCCCGAAUUCCGCCCAAAGAACAUCAACUCUGCAGACUACACGAAAGAAGCAAUUUUGGAGAAAUUGGAUUGGUUCUACCACACGAACGCAUAUAACAGGACCAUGGCUUGA